AUGGCAUCAAAAGCUUUCAGAUUCGUAGGCUUCCUUCUGCUAGUUUUCAUGGUUAUUUUGUUCAUAACAAAUUGGUCAACAGUACUCAAGGCCAGAGCUAGUCAAAUUAUCGCACCAAAGAUAGCCCUACUGGAACCACCACUGCCAUUGGCAGUUGAAGACACAUUGGAGAGGUGCGUGACGAUGGCCCACUUCGACCAUCUAUCUCCGGCACCUGCAGAAGCACCGGCCCAAUAUCUGGCAACGUUGCCAGAUAAAAGACAGAUGGGCUUCACGGAGCGGAUGAUUUGUAAGGACAUCUUUCGAAUGGUUUACGUGUAUCAACGGGCGCAUGGUUACUUGCCUAGUUACUACGUUAAAGCCCUGGAAAAGGUUCCCCGAUUCAAGAACAACCCUUCUGCUCUGGAUGAGUUCCUUUGCCGGAUGGUUACUCCCAGCAGUCUCUCUUUCCCCGGUCCUUGUCGGAAUUGA